AUGAGGUGCCUCAUACAUUUGCUGAUAGCGGGCGUUUUUGGAGACGAUGCCAGUUGCAGCUUGCAGAAGCCACAUGUUCGUUCCGCCAGCUUGAGCCUCACCUCACGUGCCUCGACAGCGACACCUGAUCUUUGGUCAACUCCCUCGGGGUUUCGUCAGUGUCCCCCGGUUUCAGCCAUACAAGCCGGAUCGCCUUUGCCCAGCGUGCCAGCAAGCAUUUUGCCACAGAAAAUCCAGUGUUCGCCAGGCUGCACUGUGAUCGGCAAUUUUGUUGAUGACCUCUAUGAGUUUUCCUGUUGUUGCAGUGGUCAGCUCUGUCAGGGCUGCCGGAGAUUCAGUGAAGGCGUUUGCCAAGAGUGUGCUGCCGGAUAUGUGAUGCAGAAAAUUCCCAUUAUGAACAUUUCCAAGUGUUUCAUUUGCGACGACGUGCCGAAUUGGCAUGACAUGCACGGUCGGAGCUGUGCAGAUCUAAAACACCUUCACAUUUGUUCUGGCUCUUGGCCACCACAGGAUCAGGAUUUGGCAUAUCAUGGAGUGAGACCCAGCGAGGCGUGUUGUGCAUGUGGUGGUGGAAAUGUAUAUCCAACCCCUUCCUUUAUGAAGCUAACUGUGGAGGCCCUGCAUUUUGGCCAGCAGAUCCACUCAACUCCAGAACCCAUCACCUCCAUAGCUCAGGAGGUUGAACCAGGAUGUGCUUUUGCAGCAUCCGGGCUCCAAUUGCUUCCUGACGGUCGUGUGAAGGGUGUGGUCAAUGUCCCAAACAACACCGUGCUUGAAUGCUCAACCGUGUCCGUGCAAGAUCCUGUCCGGGGUAUAAUCAGCAGCACUGAAUAUUCGGUGCCCGUCUUCCGCUUUUCAUACGGACAGCAGGUGGUCAACUUCAAAUUUUAUGGCUUGGACCAGCAUCCGUCACCAGACAGAAUUCCAUUGCAAGCAUCCACAAAGGAUUUGACUGGCUUUCAGAAGCAGUGUGAUCCAAAGUGCCCGUGGUUCAAAGUUGAUUCAACAGGUGACCUGCUCUUUGUGGCCGAAGGCGCCGAAGGAAGGAAGACGUUCCCGCAAGGAUUAAAAUCACAGGUUACCGAUAUGCCUGGAAUGCCUUCCUGCAGCUGCUACGUGCGGGCAUCUCAAUCAAAGACCGAGUUCGUGGCGGCACAGGUGCCGAAGAUGGUUGCCCGCGUUUCCGCAGAAAUGCCUGAGAUACCUCUCAUUGAGGACUUGGGACCUGGCUGGCAAUGGUACAAUGGUUCUGGACAUGAUUUCCAGCUCCCAGUGGUUGAGGAGCUCUCUACUGGAAAGAAGUUCAUUGUGUCGGAGGCCACCCCUCCAGAUAUAUUGGAUGUGAGUUGUAGGACUCCGAGCACUGAGCUUACAUGGUCGCAGACCACAGGUGAGGUGAAACUACAAGGAGAAACAGCUUUUCGAUUAGAUCCCGUGACUGGCGCGAUCUCUGGCACGCCGCUUCUCAGCUUUCUCUCUGCUCAGGGACGUGGCGAGGUGAAUGUCACCUGCAAAGUUGCGAUUGGAGGCCCACUCUAUGACAAGGUCCUGCCAGUAGCAACAUUUAAUAUCCUGAUCCAGGAUGAGGUGUGUUGGGUGCCGCGGCACAUCUCAAGUGUGACCUUGGUUGACGACUACCCUGACCACCCAGAUUCAAGUGACAUGGAGGAAGCAAAAUGCAUACAGAUUUGCCGUGCUCGAAUGGAUUGUGCAGCAGCUCGCGUGUGGUUCUCGCAUUGCUUGAUUAUUGCGAGUCACCUGAACAAUCCUCGGCCGGACCCAGACGGAGGCGGCAUGUAUUUGGUUCGAUUGAACAAUUGCUCGGAGCAAACUUCGGAACUAAAUAUUACAGUCCCAGGUGCUCAAUAUCUUCAAGGAACAUUUUCGGCGAUGAAUGUGUACCACGGAGAAGCAUCUUAUUCUCGGGCUGGAUUUAACCCAGAACGUCAAUUGCUGUUGGUCCGAAAAGCCAACGUGCAGCAGGCCAUAAGUGACUUUUGCGCAGAGUCCAAGUGGCUGCUUUUGCACAUCAACUCUUCAGACUUUGAGGAUGGUUCGCUCGGCUCACAAAACGCUCCAGAAUUUUUUGGAGAUCCCAUGGCUUGUGUGAAUUCCGAUGUCGUAAGCCAUGCUUUCAAAGAUGGCACGGAUGACUUUAUCAUGAGGCUCUUGCCAAACCAAAUUGCGGAACCGGACUUGGACCAUAUUUAUCAGGAUGUGUCCCAGCUUCAAAAUGCCACCAUCUCUUUGGCUUUGCCAUCCUGUCCAAAGCCCGAGAAUGAUGAUUUCGUCUUCGGCACAGUCGAGACUCCUGGAAUUUACACACUUCAGCCCUGCGAAUGCUUCGGAGCGGCACACGCAGCUGCAGCGCCAGUUGAUGAAGCUUCAGAUGCUGCCGUUCCCUGCAAUCAGGAUGGCUACUUCAACAACGGUUCAGUUCCAGACCAGUUACUCUUCUCGGGGCCCUACACAUGCGAAGAAAAUGCAGCUGUGAGGCACAUCUCUCCUUCAGAUUAUGAUGGAUGCCAGCAGGCAUGUGCUUCAGACCCAGAAUGCAAGUUCUAUUUGCUUGGAAAGACGGCUCAGGCUUGCACUUUGUUCCGGCAUUGCAACUACAUACAGGAUGUUGGCUUGGAAAUUGAGAAUAGCUUGUACGGUAUACCACCCAAGAACUCUUCUUUCUGCCGCAUCGCAAAUCCGGAACAAUGUUGGCAAGAUGUCAAGAGACGGAGCAUGCUAAGUCUUACACCCUCAGACAUGCCAAAGUGCCUUUUCCAAGAGCAGUUUGAUGCCUGUGAUGCACUUCAGUUACUUCUUGGGAAAGAAGAUGGCGCAUGUGCUCGUUGCCAAUACAUCAAUACGGAUCAAUUUGGUCCGUCGUCUUCGACAUCGAACACCGUCUCUUUGGGUAUGAGCAAAGUGCCGCUUCCGGAGACUUUCCUUUCCGCUUCGCAGGUCACCAUCUCUUGCAGCGACACCUCCAGAAUCUUUGCGAGUCACGACGACGGUUUGAAGUGGGAAGGCCCUCGCCAAACUCCAGUGACCUUUACAUGUGUCAGCGGUGUAUGGAUUGGCGAACCUGGUGCCUGGCAAGACCUGUCAAACUUCACGUGCCAGAGAUGUCUCCAAGUUGGUAGCUCAAACCUUCAGCGAUUAUCGCUCGUGUCAAUGCCAGAAGUAUACUUCCUGGAGCAUCGGCAGGUGCAUAUCACAUAUCCCUUUGCCACUGUCGGCUGCUCCAGAGCUGGUGCCCUUACGGCGGCUCCACUGCUUUCGCUCGGUGCCGAGAUGUACAUUAAUGUGGUGAACGCGGAGGACCCAAGGUUGACGGUGUCCUUGACCGAACGAGAGACACUUUGGUGGAUUGACACUGCUACAGAACGACUCCGUGUCAAAGCCAAUGUGUUGGAUUCAUCACGACAGUGGUGUGUUUGUGCGGAUCCUCCUUUGCGCCCAUGUUGGUGCCCAGGCUCAGAGUCCUCGGAGUCCUCCUUGAAAGAGGGCGAUUCCCAGUUCCUGGUGGUUGAGCGAGGCUUGCUCAAGGGACCCCAGGAAAUCCAGAGGAAGUGCGUUCGGGUGGAACAGAAGGAUGAAGAUACUCGUUUGACUUUGGCCGAUUGCCCUACAAAGCCAGAUGUGGAGUACCUGUGGUAUUUCCAAUCUGGCAACUGUUUUUCGGUUUUGACAUCACCAACACUGCGCAGAAGCUUUGGUCCGCCACAUCCGAAGCGUCAAAUGCCUCGCUGCUAA